CCACUGUACGGCCACCUCGUCGUGAGGUGCGCCAGGCCUCUGAACGCGACACGCCACACGACACCCGACACCCUUCCGCCGCCGCCCAGUGGUGAGCGCGUACAGACGACGAACGGCGGUCCUUCAUCGCAGCACCGCACAGCACAGCACAGCACAGCACAGAACAGAGGAGUUCCGGAUGGACGAUUCCUAGAGAUACCCACGAGAGCAUUUCCCAUGACCGCGCACCCGCAUUCUGUCUAGUAUUCAUUCUAUUGCAUUUCUGCCCCUUGUUUCUCCCUUCCAACAAUCGCCCUCGCAAAGCCCGUCGCCGCCGUCGCCGUCGCACGCCGAUUCUUGCAGCAUAAAUCCCUCACCCAACCCACCUUCCGGAAUGGUUGUCAGAGCCGAUGGCACUAAGUGGGCAUGCCAGUCAUGUCUGAAGGGCCACCGAGUGAGUGGCUGCACUCAUACGGACCGUGAACUGACGCUGGUCCCCAAGAAGGGUCGUCCGGUCACCCAAUGCCAGCACUGUCGUCUCGAACGCAAGAAGCGAUCCGCCCACAAUAAGUGCGACUGCGCCGACGAACAAAAGCUGCAUCACUCCAAGGAGAAAUGCAUCCACCUGCGCGAAGCCGAGGAGCGCGCCAGAGCUGGCUUGAGCGAUGCCGACCAUAAUAAGCUGGAGGAAGACUCGAUCCACCUCGCCGCUGUCGCGGAGGAACAAGGCUGCUGCUGCGGACACGGUGGGAAAUGCUCGUGCUCGCUUGUCAAGAAGGAGGCUCAGAAGCAAGGCACUACUCCACCUCACGGGCCUGCUGUCCACAAGCCGCGCCUCGAGACAACCAAGUCGGACGGUUCCAUCACCGUCUUCGCCAACGGUCACCACAAGCCUGUGCACCGCAAGAACCAUGCAGCUCACGAAUGUGGCAUGCCCUACAAGAUGCCCAUGAACAGGUCGCACACCGAGCAC